UUUAAUUCUCAAUGGACACUGCUCCACUCUCACCAAGAGUUCAAGCUUAAAAGCAGAGCAAACAAACUUCUUGAGAAGCUCUCUCUCUCUCUCUCUCUCUCACUCACUCUCACUCACUCUCACUCUCAAAUGCAUAUUCCCUAAACCACUAGUUGUUGUCUAUCUGUUAUCUUUCUCCAAAGAUGAAAGGAAUCGAUAUAUUCUGUGCAUCACAAGCUUCAACAGCCAUAUGUGUGAGCAUGGAACCAGGGUCGUCUUCUUCCUCCGCCAUUGAUCAGGGUGGCCGUGCAAUUGAUCGGCACAAUCCCAUUAUCAGAGAUGCAAGAAGGAGCAGCAUUAAAACUCUCACCACUCCUUGUUCUUCUCAAUCACCCAUCAAUCCUAAACCUUACCACCAGCUCCACCAAAAGAAUCGAAAAACCACUGGUAAGCCAAAUGAUCAAAUCAAGAAGGCCUCUGCAAAGAACGUUGAUCAAUAUGGGAAGAGCUCUGCUAAGCCAUUGGAUAUGCUCAGAAAGAGCUCGGCUAAGUUUGUAGAUUUAAUCAGCCCUCCUGGUUCAUCAAGGUAUCUUUUGAGUGAGCCACCCUUCUUCGACGUGUUACCUGAUUUUGAUCCAGUUUUAGCAUUGGUUCCUGUUGAACCCAAGAAGGCAAAAGCUGUAAAUCUUGAUGAUGAUUCCCCUGUCUUGAAACCGUCUUCGUCAUCUGGCUCUUCCGACUCGAAACCUUCUUCAUCCUCAGGCUCUGCCGACCAGGUUGUGGUUUUGAGGGUGUCCCUGCACUGCAAAGGCUGUGAAGGCAAAUUGAGGAAACACAUCUCUAGAAUGGAAGGGGUGACAUCUUUCAACAUAGACUUUGCAGCGAAGAAGGUAACAGUGGUGGGAGACGUGACGCCGUUAGGCGUCCUGGCAAGUGUGUCAAAGGUGAAGAGCGCGCAACUUUGGACACCUGCCAUGGCAUCAUCAUUGCCUCAUGGGUUGGCUCGAGUGAAAUAGAAUCAAGACCUAAUCAAAGGAAAAAGGACUUAGGAAGAAAAGAAAAAGGAAAUUUCAGUAGGGGAGUGUGAAUCUGUGAUGAGGGUGAAUCAGAUGCUUAAUUUAGUGUAAAUGCAGUCACAGCGUGGGUAGCCGAAGCAGAAUCUGUCCCUUAGGAGAAAGUAAAGUAGGAGAGGUAUUGAUUCUCUUUUUCAGUUAUGCUCAGAAACUCUUGUUCUUAAUUUGAACGAAAACAAUGGUGCCUUUUUAGAUAUAUUAAUUAAUUAUUAUUAAACACUUGCUUAAGUAUGGCC